AUGGCCAGAAAGAGUCCUCGUCGUUCUAUUGGAUCUUUGCUGACUUUAGGGGUCAAAGACAACCGUCUAGCAGGUAACUGGGCUUUGUUGACUACUUCAUUGGGUUGUUCCCAGAUGUCCCUUAACCUUCAUCUUUUGAAUCUUUCAAUUGGUCUCGGCAGUGAGACAAGGCAAAGAGCUGCUCAUGAGCUUGCUAACUAUCCUCGGACUACCAAGAGGAAAGGGUCUGGCUAG